AGAGGGACAGUGAAAGUGGAUCAAUACGCGGUGAGCGUGCGGCCUGUCUGGCAACGUGCGGCUGUCUCUCCUAGUCGAAGUUGCCUAUCUGCGCUCGAAUGACGAAGAACACGUAAAGAGCACAUAGACUGACAGUUCGUUGACAGAUUGACUAUUUCGCUCAUUGACAGUUGUCAAAUCACCUUUAAAUUUUACGCGCGAACGAUCGAUUCGGUCGCGCUUGUUCAUCGAAUCAGUGCAAGUUGCGACGUAAACCUCUCGUCUUUAGGGACUUUGGAUUAAGGAAUCUGAUUGAGCUUAUCGAAAAUAUAUUCGUACUCUUCAACUGUGCGGGUGUGUUGAUUUUAAAUUAGAUUUUACCGCGAAAUUAUGAGGAUUUGCAUUGUAUGUCACGUGUCGAGGAGUGAAUCGUCCGCUUGUCGUCUAUGAUCGAAGAAUGUUAUGCGUUGGAUUAUGUAGGAGUAACAGACAGGCGAUAAGUCGAUCCUGUUGCAUGGAGUCGAAGAGGAUUGGAAACUCUGGUUAUUCGAGAUUGACGAGAGAAGAAAGAGAGAAUUAGAAAGCGGUUCGGGUCAUCGGUGUACAUGUUACGCGGUCGCGAUGUAUCUGUCUCACCUUAUACGAAGAAUGACCUGCAAGCAGGAGUUAACUUGUCUACGAUUCCUGCGUUGGACUGUCCUGGUACCGCUCGUAAUCUACAUCUCACUUCUAUUUAUCAAGUACAACAAAAGCGUGCCUCUAAAGAGUCUAUCAACCCCAAGUGACAAGGACAAAGAGGGUUCUGUGAUGGACAACCUGUUCCUCCAAUUGCAGACCGUCACGGUUGAUAAAAUGAACUUGAUGGGUUACAAGGACGCGGGAAUCGAUCGCGGAAACGAUGAGGGAAGAAUACGAGAGAUCGUAGAGGCGGAAAAUCGCGAAAAUCCGAGAAACCUCUUAGAAGACAUAUUCCGUAAAGCGGAUACUGAUGAGAAUCAAUUGCUGGAUAUACAGGAAUUGGCGAAGUGGAUUCACGCGAAAAUCACCGAGCAUAUCACGCGCGCUAUGCGAGAAAAUGUUGGAUUGUUCACCGCCAUCGACACUAAUCUUAGAGAUGGCGAAGUCUCGUGGGAAGAAUAUCAUGCUUAUUUUCUGAGAACUCAUGGUUUCUCUGAGACCUAUAUAAAUUCCCAUGAUAAAAAACACAGCGAGAUGUCGCGAACACUGAAGGAGAGCAUAAUGAGAGAUAGAGCGCGAUGGGCAGAGGCUGCUAGAAACGAUCCUGAUAGAUUGGGUCUGGACGAAUUUUUGGCUUUUACUCAUCCCGAAAGCAGCCACAGAGCUCUCCUCCAAAUGGUGGAAGACCUCUUCGAAAAAUUCGAUCGAGAUGGUGAUGAACAAUUAACGGAGGACGAAUUCUCGGAUUUGCCAUCGGAAGGAGUCGGCCUAGAUUUACGCGAGGAUCGACAGCAGUCGAUAGGAGGCAGCGAAGACAGGCGCAAGGAGUUUCGACAUCUGAUUGACAAGAAUAAAAAUGGGAAAGCCGAUCGAACCGAACUAUUGAUGUACAUCGAUCCACGAAAUCCCAGACAUGCAAUUCAAGAAGCCCAGCACUUGAUUACCUUAUCGGAUAUGAAUUUAGAUGGAAAACUCGAUCUUCUGGAAAUUUUGAGUAAAAUGGACUUAUUUCUCGACAGCAAAAUGGUAGACACGGAGAAAAGUUUUCACGAUGAAUUCCGACGAUAGUUGUAGCGAACGAAAACGAUUACAGUUGAAUAAAAUUGAAAGGAAGAUUUAUUUAUAAUCUCAUUAUCAAAAGGAGAUAAUAAAAUAGACGAAUAAUUCUUUGUAAUGCACUAAAUGCGACUAAAAAUUUUGAUAAGAUAUUUUUAAAUAUCUUAGCAGAAGACUUCUUCGACAUUCUCGCGUACUGAAUAGACAAUAUGAUUUCGAUCCAUGAUCGACGAUGGAUUAGACCAAUACAACAAUUAUCGAUUCGUGCAGGGUAUAUUUACUAGCGAUUUGUAAAGAAAUUUUUUUUAAUAAAUACUAAUCGAUUUACUGCGCAAAUAAAAAUCAUACAGGCUUUUAGAACGCAUCUGUGAUAGUCUUAUGACGUAGAAUAUCAUUUAAGUAGGCACAAUUAUUAUAGUUAUUAGUAGCUGUUAGUGACAGAUGUUAAUACAUUAAUUCACGAUAGCUACGGAAUAACUCAAUCAGAUCGUUUACAGGGUUAAAAUUAUAUACACCGGUAAUUACUUGCCAAUUGUACGAUCGGUUGUAAAAAACGGAUAAGAUCCAAAUAAGUUGCAAAUCCGUCCUUUCAUAGAUUUUUAGAUUUCUUGUACGUGCUCCUGAAUUAUAUAAGAGUGUUAUUAAAAAUUUUAUAUUUGCAGAGGAAAAGAAUUCUCACUUUUUCUAAUUAUUAAUAAAAAAAAUUACAAAUACAUUGAUAUUAUAA